UGACCCAUACACUGCAGGAUAGGAGCUACCAAAGUGAGGCCACCACCCAAAAAACCACGAGUGAUUUAGAUUUCUCAUCUUCUUUCUUCACUAACCCUUUCCCUUUCUCUGAUCUCCCGCUUCUGGGAUCCCUCUCUGUCAUCGUCUGUCCUUGAAACUGAACUUUCGAGUUUCUAUAAACGUGCUCAUGGUCUCGUACACAUACUUUCAAAGUCCGGCGUUUCAGGUGGAGAUUCAGGUUUUCUAAAACUUUCUGUUUUUCCCUUCUGUUGCAGCUUUCUUCAGCCUGUGCUCUGAUUUUGAAAUUGAGACAGGUCUUCUUGUAUAUUUGGUUUUAGAUUCCUAUUUUCUUUCCCUGUGAUUUUCUCAUCUGGUGUAGUAUGGCGACAAUUAUUGGUAUGUAUACUAAUAGCAGCAGCCUGGCAUCAGAUUUGUUAGAUCCGUGUAGUGAAGAUGUGAUAAAAUCGCUCGAACCUUUUGUGUCAAUGGAUUCAUCUGCGUCUCCUCUCUCUUCCCUCUCUUUCCCAUCUUCGCCUUCCCGCUCGAUUGCUUCACCCACUUCUAUGCCCAGCUAUUUUCCCGACCUACUCACAACAUCGAGCUCCCCCGUAUUUUCUUCGGGGUUCUCGAGUAGCAUAGGGCUUAACCAACUUACCCCAUCUCAAAUUCUUCAGAUUCAGGCUCAAUUCCAGGUCCGACACCAACAAUCCGUCGGUCUCCUCAGCCCAAAACCCGUCCCCAUGAAACGUGUCCGUAAUGCUCCGAAACCCACGAAACUGUACCGAGGAGUGAGGCAGAGGCAUUGGGGCAAAUGGGUGGCUGAGAUCAGACUCCCAAAGAAUCGAACCCGUCUCUGGCUCGGCACUUUUGACACUGCCGAAGAGGCUGCUCUGGCUUAUGACAGUGCUGCUUAUAAGCUCAGGGGUGAGUUUGCUCGCCUUAAUUUCCCUCAUCUGCGACACCAAGGAGUUCACGUGUUUGGUGAAUUUGGGAAUUACAAACCUCUGCAUUCCUCCGUCGAAGCCAAGCUUCGAGCUAUUUGUGAAAGCUUGGCCCAGAAACAGGGAAGUGCAGGGGAGGCUUGUUCCGUCGCCGAUUCAAAGGCUAAGGUGGUGCCGGAUGACUCAGAAUCGAAAAGUGAUGUAGAGGAUUGUAAGGUGGAGAACGCGGCUUCGUCGCCUUCGUCUGAUGAAUCCUGGACCGGUUCGUCUUCCCCUGAAUCCGACAUCACUUUCUUGGAUUUCUCGGAUUCCAAUGAUGAGACCAUCGACUUUGGGCUGGAGAAGUUUCCUUCCGUGGAGAUUGAUUGGUCUGCUAUUUGAGAUGUCAUCAAUCUUUCUUGUUAUGUGGCGUUAUUCUGUUUUAGAUCGAGCAUGCAUGCACUUGUAUGUUGUUGUUCUGGACGUCAUGGGCAGCAAUCUGCAAUGAAAUUUUUGGAAUUUGCAGAGGUGUUGUCCAAGACAGUGUGCAAAAUUAGCGUAGAAAAUAAAGAGUUCAGGAGCUCGUGUUGCUUGUUGUGCGGGUGCUUUUUAAUCCAUGCACGACCAAGGGAGCUUCCUCUUUAGGUCUAGGUUGUACUUGUACCAGAAUCAAUGUAAUUAAAACCUUCCAGCAUAUGAAUCUCAUGCUAGUCUGUUUAAUCUUA